AUGACGAUCAAGGCAUUGAAGACGGUGUCUAAGGGCCAGAAUGGCCUUGGUGCAUUCAUCCUCCAAUGCAAGAGGCUAGACUUUCACUAUUGCGACUGGGCCGGCAGCUCUAAGGGCAUGAACGGCUUCAUCAAGUCUCAGCUUCCCAAAUUCGCGAAGGCCAACCCUCAGGUCGAGUUCUCCGUCUCCCCUCGUCCAUCGAAACACCCCAUGAUUGUCGGCCACUACAUCAACGGAAAGGAGAAGUCUGUCUGCGUACGAAACAUGGAGCCCCUCGAGAUUCUUAAGAAGGCUGAGCUUCUUCGUGACGCUAGCGGAGAAAAGUUGAAGAGGACCAACAAGCCGGUGACGAGCAUCAACCCCAGUGUCAGAGGCGUAUGGUCUCCUUACCACGGCAACGGCAUGGCUGUAUAG